CGACACCUGGUAUCUUAAAGAGUUCGUAAGUGCUAAAUACAGGCCCACCAUGCAUCAAUACAAACACGUCUCUAUAUUUUAUAUUCAGUACCUUAAAAGCAGCUGCACUCAUAAGUGUGCUUUUACCCCAGCCAAACAAAUCCUAAGGAAUCGGAAAAAAAAAAAAAAAAAAAACUGGUGGGAAGAAACCUGGAGAAUUCAUGUCAACUACUAGUGCUAAGAAUAGCAACAAAAACAACAAAAGAAGAUUUAGCGACGAACAAAUCCAGUCACUGGAAACCACGUUCGGGACAGAGUCGAGGCCGGAGCUCCGACUGAAACAUCACCUAGCUGACAAACUAGGCCUUCAGCCUCGACAGAUUGCCAUAUGGUUUCAGAACAAAAGAGCGAGAUCAAAAUCGAAGAUGAUCGAGCAAGAGUACAGCGAGCUUAAAUCGAGCUACGAUAACUUGGCUUUGCAGUUCGAGGCUUUGAGGAAAGAGAAUCAAACCCUACUCAUCCAGGUGCAGAGACUCAGAAAGAUGACCGAAAAAAGUGACGGCGAAGAAAAUGACCACGAGAAUCAAAUCACACCACCAAAAACUUCUGAAAACCCGACAUUUCUACUUGACAUGAACAAUCACGACAUGUGCGUGACAUCAUGCAGUGAUCUGAAUAGAAAAAUAGAUUACCUGGAGGAGGACGCUGCUGAUAUUCUCAACAUGGCAGAGAUCGCCGAAGAUUCCUUAUUAGCAUCUCCAGAAAACGGGUGCAGCUUCGAUUCUUGUGCCUUUCUUGAUAAUACUGCUGCUGGCGGCACCACUUCACAGUGGUGGGAUUUCUAGGCUUCAAAUAUAGAGUUACAAUAGUAUUGAGAACUAGGGAUAUAUAUAUUAUAUAAUUUAUAAAUGCAUAUUUCUUCCGAAUUUGAUUGUCGCUCGAAACCCCUGUAGUAUUUUUACGGUGCGCUAUCUCAUCUACCAUUUAAGUAGU